GCUUCCGGUUUCGAGCACAAGAAAAAAGAUCAUUUUUUGUCCACAAAAUCAACUAUUUUGAUAACUGGCUCAAUCUGUUGUUCAAAAUGACUUCAUACGGUUACUCGGGUUAUUAUCCCGUGGCACAACAACGAGCUCCACCGCACCAGCUAGGUCGACCAGCUGGGCAACCUGGGGGAAUGAAAGUUCCUGCCCAUGUUCACCACCAUGAUCUAGACGGGGUUGAGAUGAAAAUAGCAGACAAGUUUCAACAAGCAAGCAAGGUCCUCGCAUCUCUUGGACUUACGGACAUCGGUCAACACAAAUCUCAGAUAGCAAAUUUGGAGUAUUCCUUUGAUCUGGAAAGACGAGUGCUGGAGCAAAAUGGUGACAAACGGAAGAAGCUUAGUUAUAACUGAGAGAUGCUCUGAAUACUGACAUACUUGUUAAAGGCAGAUGGUGCUAGAACAGUGGUGAAAACAUCCUGUUCCAUUGUUUUUUUCCAUCCAUUUGUGCGGGGGGGGGGGGGGCUUCAUUCAGAGAUUUAUUUUUGGCCAAAUUUUUGCAAAGGCCAAGGAACCAGUCAAGUUAAUUUAAGGCCUGCAGUAAUUUGCAAAGACACUUGUCAAAAGUUUUAUCAUAAAAGGGUAAACCACUGUGAAUUUCUGAUUUCAGCAUUGGAACUGCAUGGCUGGAGUCCUGGCCUUUUAUUUAUUCUUGAUGUAAUUAUAUUCAUUAUGACAUAUAUAUUGUACACUUUUCACUCUCAUUAAUGAAUUAUUCUUAGUGUUGUCUAUUCAAUAUAAAUUGUGUCUCUCACCAGACAAUUCAUUCUAAUAAAUACUUCCUAU